UAAAUAUUCAAAAUGGUGGUCUGAUGCUGCGGUCUUUGACGUUUACUGUAAUUCCCUUCACAUAGCGACAUCUCUUCAUUUCUUUAUGUUUUAAUUCAGUUCACACAUAACCUAAUUAGWUUUCUUCACAAUGAGUGAACUUUUCAAUAAUUAUGAACAGCAAUUUGGAAAUCUCAGCGCCGAAAUAACUGCGAAGAUUUGUAAAAUUCCCAAUUUACAUGGAGAUGCCAAACGAUCUACAGUUAGCGAUGUUGAGCGGGCUUUUGACGAGGCAAAUGAAUUGCUUGAACAAAUGGACCUUGAAGUUCGUGAAAUGGCUGGCAAUGAUAAAUCAAAAUACACCCAUAGAGUCAAGACUUACAAGAAUGAAAUGGUCAAGUUCCAACAGGACUUGAAAAAGGCAAGAAUCAAGUUUUCUGAUGAAGAAGGGCGGAAUGAGUUAUUAGGAAAUGAUGACCCACAUUCUUCAGAAGACCAGGUACAAGAAGAAUNUGACAAUACAGAAAGGCUUGAUCGCACUGGGAGAAGAUUGGAAGAAGGUUACAAGAUGUGUGUUGAAACAGAACAAAUUGGUGUUGAUAUAAUGGAUAACUUACAUAGAGACAGAGAAGUCAUUAACAGAUCACGUGACAGGUUACGAGGAACAGACCAGAAUCUAUCCAAGAGCUCUAGAUUACUAACUGCAAUGAUGAGAAGAGUCAUCCAAAAUAGGAUUAUAUUAGCUGUUAUUUGCAUCGUUAUUCUUGUCGUCAUUGGACUUGUUAUAUAUUACUCUGUGAAAAAGAAGUCGACAUGAAAAUCUACAAUCAUUUCAAGGCAAUGUAGAUGUUGCUUGAGGAYGCAGGGGUAAUCUUCWUUCAAUUGUUCCACAUUCCUUGAAAUAAUAUCCCUGGUGACMGAGUUUGUUGCAGCUAGUGCAGAAUUUGGAAUUUGCAGAAGAUUACCCUUGGGCUUCUAAGAUGUUUAUGUGUAGAAAUAUACAGGGUAUUGGUCAUUCCAAGACCUCAAUUUGACAUGAUAAUGGUCUUCAGAUCAAGUUUUUARUCAGACAGUAGCCAAUCUUUGUAGUCACUGUAAUUUUCUCAGUUAUUGGGMUUCCUGUGUGUUAAUUAGGGAGAAAGGGCCUGGGAGUCAAAGGCUGAAAGAAAUAAAGGAGUAACUAGAGCACUAUAUGCAGGAAGAUCACAUUAUACAUUAAAUAAUGAGAGUAUAGGGUAAGAAUAAUUUUAUUGCAAAAGGGUGUUAUUACUCUAUCAAAUCUAGGUUUACGCUGUUUGAUUAUAAGUUUACACACCCUAAGACUUACUAAGAAUUACAACAAAAAUGWUUUUGGAGAAAUGUCCUUGAUAAAUUUCAUGAAUCCUUUAGCCUGUGUACAUCCGUUUCUUGAGGGGYGAGAAACGGAUGUACACAGGCUAUGAAUCCUUGCACUUGAAAUAAGUUCUGAAUUUUUGCAAGAAUAGUAUGACAUUCUCAGCAUGCUUUAAGGAAAAAAAAAAGGUUGAAAAAAAUGAAAUGAAAGAAUAUUACAGGCAGUAGUACAAUUCUCAUCUUUUUCAUUUCUUAUUURGUAUUUUAUUCAUAUGUUUAAAACUUUUCACUAAUUUCUAUUGCUGAUAUAUUAUAGUUUAUGAAUGGUUUUUGAAAAUGAUGCAUAACCUAUUGGGAAAAGUGGGGGAUAACUUGCAAAGUCAGUUAGGAUCUAAUUUGUGAUGUAUUAGUAUAGAAUAGCGGAUUACAGGGGGGGGGGGGCAGAUUACAGAGAAACCUCUAGUAGAGAGGGGCUGUUGUCAUUGAUAAGUAAGACAAAUUUGAAAAUGUAAUAUUUGCAGUGUUGCACUAAAGGGGUUUCUAUUACAGGCAAAUAGGUCAGAAGCAAUGAAUAUAGACUUGUGGUAUUCAUGAGAAUUUUUAUUGCGUUGUAGUCAAUAAAUUGUAAAGUAAAUGUAGCUUACAUUUCGUAAGAGCGCMGUUCCAUAUGUGGGAUUCUAGUCACCAUUGAAAGAACAAAAUAUUCUGCUUUGCCCACUAGAUGAAGCAGAUUUGACAUCAUUCUCGUACUGAGACCCUUCUCUCUCUCUCAAUUGGGAUUCUUGAAUGAGGUCUAAUUACGAGAAUGACGUCAUACUGCAACGGGUCCCUUCCAAGCUCAGGAAAMCCACAUGAAAGCGAAUAUGAUAUGUUGUAGUAAUUUAGCUCAUUAUGAGUAUAAAGUAAUCAGCUUAUAAGUAUUAUACAAGAAAAAAAAUUGAACAUUUUGCAUGAAAAUGUUAAUUGUAAUUUUUGGAGCCCCUGCUUUUUAUGUGAAAAAAUUAAUUUCUUGGCUUAACGUCCAACAGACAAACUAUAUUCUCAAAGGAAAGAAAUAAAAG